AACUCCCUUUUAGUUUAUGAUAAGAUGGCUACCUUGAAACUGUUUUGUGCAAGAAAAACGGUUGACAGCGUUUUAAAGCAUGUGAUUAGACCAACAACAGCCAUUCAAUCCAGAUCUACUUGGAAGGAUGUUGGUGAACAGCCUAAGAAAAUGGAUUGGGCCAGUUUGGCUGAUAGAUCUGCUAAUACAGCAUUUGCUGUAGAGCUCAUCAGAGGUAUGGGAAUCACAUUGGCAAUGAUGUUCAAGGAACCAGCAACAAUUAAUUAUCCAUUUGAGAAAGGUCCAUUGAGCCCUAGAUUUCGUGGUGAACAUGCGCUUCGAAGAUAUCCAUCAGGAGAAGAAAGAUGUAUAGCCUGUAAAUUGUGUGAAGCUAUCUGUCCUGCUCAGGCUAUCACGAUUGAAGCUGAAACACGAGCAGAUGGUAGCAGACGUACGACAAGAUAUGAUAUAGAUAUGACAAAAUGUAUUUAUUGUGGUUUCUGUCAAGAAGCCUGUCCAGUUGAUGCUAUUGUUGAGGGUCCUAAUUUCGAGUAUGCUACAGAAACCAGAGAAGAAUUAUUGUAUAAUAAAGAAAAAUUGUUAAAUAAUGGUGAUAAAUGGGAAAUAGAAAUCGCAGCCAAUCUACAGGCUGAUUAUUUAUACAGAUAGACAAUAGACAUUUAUAUAUUAUUAGUUGUUUAUGUUUCAAUUUGAAACAACCGAGAUUUGUAAUAUUGAAAAAAAGACAAACAUCGUAUAUAAGAAUCGGGAAGGAGGUUUUAUCUGGAGUUGUCACCACUAGACCUGUUUAUUUUGUUGUACAUGAAAAGAGUUAUUAAAAUCUUUAAAAUUCUAUACAUUUGUAUUUACAACCCAGAAUUAAAAACAGUGGUUCCUAAUCAUAUCUUUAAAAAUAUUUACCAGGUUACAAGCAGUGUUGCCAGAUACUAGAUCACAAAACUCUUUAUUUGACAUCAAUUUCUUUCAAUAUCGAAGACUGACCAGGGUUCAUCGGAAGUAAAACCUCUGUUUAUUAUUUUUUUUUUUCAUUGGACAAGGUUGGCUCCUCGCCUUUCAUUGUACUUUUCAAUGGUCACCAUGGCUACCUUUAAACUAGUGAUAAACAAAUGUUAAACAACAUGAACAUUGUAAAAAAAACAAAAUGUCUGCAGAUAUACUAAUAUCUGUAUUGUGGAAAUUAAACUGUUAUUGUGAAACAAAA